AUGACAAAACCAGAUUUAAAAGCAUUAAUACGGCUGUUCAACGAUGCCACUCAAUAUUGGGUUAAUAUCUUAAACAGUAAAGAAAUUAAUAAAGUGACUCCUUCAAAAAUUGAAAAACCUUUAGAUGAACUUUUAAAACUUAUUAAAUUAAUAAAAGCACAUACAACAAAAGUUGGAAUAAUUUUCAAACCUGAAACUUUACAAAAACAAGAACAAACUGCUUAUAACACUUUGGAAAGUUUAUCAGAGUCAUUGGUUUUCACUGUUUCGGUUUUAUCACAAUUAAACAAUGAUAAGAACAAUUCAAAUAUAUACUAUCAGGAAAUAUUAGAUCAAAAUAGACUUUUAAUAGAAUCAAAUGUGGAUUUGUCAACCGAACUCAUGCAUAUAUACGAGGACAAAACAGAUGAGGGUAGAUUAGUUUCAAUAGGGAAGAUUUGGUCGAAUUGUGAUUCCAUUAUUUCAUUGUUGGAGAACGGUGCAUUAUCUUUACUUACAAAUAAAAUUAAAUUAAGUAUAUCGUUGAUCGAUGAUGGAUUCGAUGAGUUUAGCGAGUGGGCCAAAAAUCCAGAAGAAGUUGAUGAUACUUUUGGAUUUAGUGAUGAAGAAGAUGAUGAAAAUGAAGAUGAAGAAUCUUUAAGUGAAGAAGAUUUAAACAAAUUGAUUGAAUAUUCAGGGAAAUGGGUGAAAAAGAUAGAAUUGGUGAAACUACUUAUAGCAUCAUUUAAAAAAUCAUUGCCAAAAUCAACAACCAAUUCACAAAUUGAUGACAUAUACGAUCUACAAAAGAAUAUCACCAUACUCAUAGACAAAUUCAUUGUUGAACUUAUGUUAAACCGAUGUAGUAGUAAAGAAAUUGACACAAUCACAAAUGACAUAUCCAAAAAUUCAAUUACAUUGGCGAAGCUAGCUGAAAGUAUACAUAAUGAUAAAAAAUCUACAUGGUAUUCAACCUGGAUUAUCAAAUAUGAUUAA